CUGUUUUUGGUUAAAAAAACUUCAACAAUUUUUCAAUCAUUUCGUUUCAAUUAUCACUAUUAUUAUUAUUCAACAAAUUCAUCAAAAAUGUUGCUUGAAGAUUUUCUUGAAAAAUUGAGUAAAAAAAUACCAUUACAAUUAGCAUGUGAUUGGGAUAAUGUUGGAUUAUUGGUGGAACCGAUGGAAAAAUUUCAAAUCAAACGAAUAAUAUUGACCAAUGAUCUAACGGAAAAAGUUAUGAAUGAAUCAAUAGAAAAAAAUACUGAUCUAAUUAUUUCAUAUCAUCCACCAAUUUUUCGUCCAUUCAAAACAAUUUGUCAAACAAAUUGGAAAGAAAGAAUUAUUGCCAAAUGUUUAGUAAAUAAAAUUGCCAUUUAUUCACCACAUACAGCACUUGAUGCAAUUUAUGGUGGUAUUAAUGAUUGGCUUUUGGGUCCAUUUGUUUGUUCAUACAUACGACCGGUUGAAAGAUCAUUACAAAAAUCUACAUUUGAAUAUCAAAUACAAUUGAAUGAUUGUAAUAAAAAAUCAUUGAUCUGUGAUCAAUUAAAAGCUGAAAAAAUUCAGGUUCAAAUAAAUGAAACAUAUGGAAUAAUACAAUGUAAUGGUGAUAAUUUACCAUUAAUAUUGAACAAAAUUAAUCAACAAAAAGUAACAUUUUCAACAAUAACUACCAGUCCAAAAUUACCAAUUUUAAAUGAAGGAAUGGGACGUAUUGGACAAUUAUCCGAACCAAUGAAAAUCAAUCAAAUUGUUUCGACAUUAAAAAUGAAUUUAGGUUUAGAACGAAUACGUUUAGCAUUAGCCGAUAAUCAUACGGAUGAUACAAUGAUUCAUACGAUUGGUGUUUGUGCUGGUUCUGGUUCAUCGAUUCUACGACAAAUAAGACCUGCGGUUGAUUUUUUUAUUACAGGUGAAAUGUCUCAUCAUGAAGUAUUGGAUGCAAUACAUUCCGGUACAUCGAUUGCAUUAUGUGAACAUACAAAUACUGAACGUGGUUAUAUUCGUAACGUAUUACAUGAUUAUCUUGUUGAAAAUUUCCCAAUAUUAUCGAUUUCAAUGUCGGAAGUGGAUAAAGAUCCACUACAAAUUGUUUAGAUUCACCUCUACCAUUUAAUUCAAUUCAAUUCAACUCCAAA